AUGCCUCCAGACAGCUCAACAUUCACAACCCUCAACCUCCCCCCAACCUUCGAACUCCCCCAAUACAUGGAAUACUUCACCCUAAAAGCCGGCCCAAACACCGACCUCUGGCGCAAACCACCAAACGGCGAAAUAACAACAGCCCCCAUAGUCUUCACCACCCUCCGCCACCCCUUCGUCGUAGCCGAAGUAACCGUGAGCGCAGACUGGGAACAAGAAUGGGACCAAGGCGGCCUAGUAAUCUUCGCCGGUGCCGCCCCUCACACCCUCAGCGAAACAACGUCCCUCCGCUCCAGGACCCCACGUCCUCCCUGCAAAUGGGUGAAAGCAGGCAUGGAGUUCUCAUCCGGCACCGUGAACGCCUCGUCCGUCAGCGCAACUGCCGACGGCGCAGACUGGUGUUUGUCGCCGUUGGCGCAGGGACAGACGGGGCCUGGGCCGGGGAUGGUGGUCCAUUCGCUGCGGAUUAAGCUCGAGCGUGUUGGGGAUGCACUGUGGAUUUGGUAUCAGGUGCCGACGGCGUCGCCGUAUGCGGUUUCGCCGGCGGCGGUGGGGAGUACGUGGAAAAAGUUGCGGGAGGUUACCUGGUUUUUUUAUGGGGUUGAGGAUAAGUUCGUGCAUGUUGGGGUUUAUGCGAGUCGGCCGACGGGGUUGGGGAGGGGGGAACCUUUGUGGGAUGCUAUGCGUGGGAUGAGGCUUGGGCCUUCGGCUAUGGGUCCGGCGGAUGGGUUGGUGGUUGAGUUUGAGGAUUUGGAGAUUUUUUAG